AUGGAUAAGGGAUUAUCAAAUAUGUCUAUCGAAACUAUAAGCUAAUCCGAAAGACUAGAAGGAAUACCCUAAAAGACUCUUGUGGAUAAAGCAACCCAGACAGAUGAAGUGAAAUAUGUGAAGGUUUAGAAGAUUAAUUUCGGGUCAUUAAUAUUUUUAUUGAUGGGGAUCGUCAUUUCAUUUGUCAUCUAUGUGGAUAUACAAGGCAAACUCAACAUCCAGUAACAGCAACUGGAGUAGAAGCGAAAAGUUCAUAAAUCAUUUUAUUUAGGGAUGUAUUUUAGAUUAUGAGAAAUAGAAAUGUUUUUUACAAUUACCAGCAUAAAAGAUCUUUUGCAGAGAAUUGGAAUUGUGUAUAAAUGUGGAUUGGGAAUUGCAACGAGGAAUCGAAUUGAGCGGGAUCAUUGCUGAUAUGUUAAACAAUUUUAUAGAUCGGAUAAAUCUAAGAGUAAAUGUGUCUAUACUAUUUUAAGACUUAUUUUCUAUUGAUAAUUCCAUUUAUAGCUAUAUCCUUAGGAAUAAUAAAAAUAAUCUUUAAAUGA